AGUACCAGUAUGCUGCUGUGGCUGUUACAUCCAGCCCUCACAAGCCGAGGGCACAUUCAUAUUGGAGUUAGUCUCCUCACCAUUUAUGUUGACUAUUUCGACACGAUUGGUUAUUUAUAAACUUGUUUCUAGGCAUUGUCUUCUGCCAGGUGACGUCUAAACGGAUAAGUGUUAGAUCUGCAGAGAUGUCUUGGAAACGCGUCGUGUUGUACAGAUCCAAGAGGGGUGCAAUAUAACAGGACUAGCAGAGGUAGCAACAGCAACAACAACACUAGCAAACACUAGCAGGAGGAGCAACAGCAACAUUAGCUGAGGUAGGAACAACACUUGCAAACACUAGCAGGCGAGCAGAAGCAACAACACUAGCAGAGGGAGCAACAACACUAGCAAGACGUGUGUCCUUCCGAAAGUUGGUCCAGAUCUUUGUAAUGAGUUCCAUGUUAAUUCUGCUCACUAACUGCAUCUACUGGAAUGAAGAUUUUGUGCGGAAUGUCCUCAUCAGUCUACGGACCAAACGCCAAAACCUCUUUCUGUCUGUAUCCCCAAGUCGUUCAGAAGCCAACUGCUCUGCCAUCUUUAGGGGUGACAGGUCUGAGACACUCCGAGCCAAAUCUCUACCUCCAAGACACUCCAUACCCCCCUUCUCUCAAAGUGUACUCGCUGCACGCAUGCAAUGUGAGGAGUUCAAACGUUCACGAGGAUAUAUUCUCAAUGCUACGCCUGAGGAACUGGAGUUUCCACUAGCGUUUAGUAUACUUAUGUACAAAGAUAUGGACCAGAUGGAACGACUGCUCCGAGCGAUCUACCGACCACACAAUGUGUACUGUGUCCACGUGGAUCUGAAGUCCCCAAUUUCACGGGAGGUUGCAACUUUACUGCAGUGUUUUGAUAACGUGCAUCCUGCCUCCCGACGAGUGAAUGUGGUGUGGGGGGAAUAUUCUGUUCUGGAGGCGGACCUUAUCUGUAUGGAAGACCUCCUAGCACACGCAAACUGGAAGUAUUUCAUCAACCUCACUGGACAGGAGUAUCCCUUGAAGACGAAUUACCAGAUUGUUCAAGUACUCAAAUCUUUCAAGGGGGCAAACAAUGUCGCAGGUACACUCACGAGGUACAAUGAGAACUACCGACGAUGGAGCGCAGCCGGGCCCCCGCCUCGACAUAUACGCCCUGUGAUGGGGUCUGUCCACGUUCUCGUCAACAGAGUCUUCGUCCAGUAUGCCAUCACUAACCCAACGGCGAAGGAUCUGCUGGACUGGGUGAAACAGACCCUGAUCCCUGAUGAAACAUUCUUCCCUACCCUAAACUACAACGCACAGCUCGGUAUACCAGGGACGCACACAGGAGAACCUCACGAAGAGCCCUUCCCCGCCCGUUACAAGAACUGGGACCAUGGACUAUGGUUCUACCUGGAUGACUGUCAAGGAAAGUACCUACGGGAGAUUUGUAUCGUUGGCGUGGGGGACCUCCCGUCUCUCACCAGACAGAAACAUCUCUUUGUUAACAAGUUCCUGGGAGACUUUGAGCCUGCUGCUUUGGACUGUAUAGAAGAGUGGUACUUUGACACAAUCAAGAAAGAAAACAAUGGACCUCGACACUUUGAUACCUCCUUUUACGAGGCUAUGGACUUUGUACGCAAUAAAGUAUGAUCUGCCUCAGUUAUAACUUCAUUGUCAUUUCUGUAUUAUUUUAUAUUCCAAAUGUAUGUGACUUUGUGUGGAACGGAUUCUUAUUAAUCCUUAUGAUGGCUUCAGGUAGAAUAUCAAUUUCUUUAUUAAAGUAAGGACACCGAGAGUGAGCGCCUUCGCCCUGGAUAUUGUUAUGUAAUAUACUUCGGUUGCAUUAUGAAAUCAAUAUUCAUACCUAUUUCUGAAAAAAGGUUUAAAAUCUCCUAUGAUUACACGCAAUUGUAAAUACAUACCACCAUAACAUUUUCCCUUGAAAGACAUAUCCACAUAUCCAUCAUGGCGUAACCUCCAAUUAACAACAAAGAAUGUUCUUCUCCAAACAUCUUGUAACGUGUGGUGCUAUUUGUCUA